AUGGUUCAAGGUCAUGGCUGCGACUCUUCUCCUGGCAAAGGAUCUUCACAGCCCCAGCUGCUCGCCGGAGACCAAGCUCGUGCUACUUCCGACGCUGAAGAGCCCCCUUGUAGUGGUUACUCCCACUACCAUCACCACCACCACCACCACCAACAACAUCAACAGCCUCAACCUCAGCACCAACCUCAACAGCAACACCAGCACCAUAAUGUCGAGAAAGCUCAGCUCGACCAUGAGCAUCGCAUCGCCGUCAUCGACGUCUCGAAUAGCGACUCCACGUCGUCGACUCCCAGCCGCCGAUCCUCCACCCUUACCGCAACGGUUGAUCUGCAUCAACCGCAUUCCCUAGAGUCCAGCCGGGUGAUUGCACAGUUUCAAAGUGAUAUCAACGCUGGUCUCUCGGAGGACCAAGCGGCCACCCGCCUCAGUGAACAUGGUCCUAACCAGCUCAAGGAGACCAACAAGGUCAGCGCCACCUCCAUCUUGAUUCGUCAGAUGGCCAACGCCUUGACACUCGUCCUGCUCGCUGCCAUGGCUUUGUCCUUCGGUGUCAAGGAUUGGGUUGAGGGUGGUGUCGUGACCGCCGUCAUCGUCACCAACGUCCUCAUCGGCUUCAUCCAAGAGUACAAGGCUGAACGCACCAUGGCUUCAUUGCGUACGCUCUCGUCGCCCAAUGCCAACGUUCUCCGUAACUCGAGCAUACGACAACUCCCCUCUACCGGUCUCGUGCCCGGCGACAUUGUCCACUUCCGCGUCGGUGAUCUGGUGCCCGCCGAUGUUCGUCUUGUCACCAUCAGCAACCUCGAGAUUGACGAGGCUCCCCUUACUGGUGAAUCGGUCCCCGCCAUCAAGACAACCGGCCCUCUCACUCGACCUCACCUUGGCCCUGCUGACCGCACCAACCUAGCCUAUGCCGGCACCACCGUCACCAAAGGUCGAGCUGUAGGUAUCGUCAUCGCCACCGCCAUGAACACGCAGAUUGGUCAAAUUGCCACCGCCCUGGCCAAGAAGGGCAACAAGGAGGAUGGCGAGAAGGCUUGGUAUAAACGUGCUUGGGACGCCACCGCUACCUUCCUCGGUGUCCGUGAGGGUACACCGCUCCAGAUCAAGCUCAACAAGUUCGCCUACGUCCUUCUCUUCCUCGCCGUCGUCUGCGCCAUCAUCGUCUUCGGUGUUGCCGAGUUCGACAUUACCAACGAGGUGAUCCUGUACGCCAUCGCCCUUGGUAUCGGUGUGAUCCCCGAGUCGCUCGUCGCCGUCUUGACCAUCACUUUCAGCGUUGGUGCCAAGCGUAUGGCCGAGAGCAAUGUCGUCGUUCGUCGUCUUGAUGCCCUUGAGGCUCUUGGUGGUGUCACUGACAUCUGCAGUGAUAAGACUGGAACACUCACUCAGGGUAAGAUGGUUGUCCGUCAGGGCUGGUCCUUUACUUCUGCUGAGCAGCAGAGUUUCGAGGUCGAGCAGACCGGCGCUACUGCCUUCGAACCCAAGGGUCGUGUCCUACUCGCCGCUUCCUCUGCCGACGCCGAGCAUGUGCCUGUUGAACAUGAUCAGAUUCCUGUCGCUGUUCGCAACCUUGCCACCGCCGCCUCGCUCUGUAACAUUGCCGAGGUCGAGCAGCAGGCCGAUGGCUCUUGGACUGCUCGUGGCGAUCCUACCGAGAUUGCGCUUCAGGUUUUCUCUACCAAGCUCCAGCUCUCGCGUGACUCGCUCACCGAGGGCGAGGGGGCUACUUAUAAGCACGAGCUUGAGUUCCCCUUCGACAGUACGCUCAAGCGCAUGACCAGUGUCUACCGCCGCAAGGACGAGAGAUGGGCCGACCACAUCUUCCUUAUGAAGGGUGCCGUCGAGCAGGUGCUUGCCUGCUGUCCCAACAUGGAUGACUCUGCCCGCAAGAUCAUUCUCAACCAGGUCGAGACGAUGGCCAGCCAGGGUCUUCGUGUUCUUGCCUUCGCCGAGCGAAGCAUGGACGAGGUUCAAUUCAAGGAUGAGAGUGCUCGCACCCGUGCCGCCUCUCAGGCCGAGGAUGCUGAUGAAUCUGGUACCAUCAUCAGUACCGAAAAGAAGCACGCUGACAGUGGCGAUGCUGGCAGCGGUCUCUCGCGUGCUGCCGCUGAGCAGGACUUUGCUUUGAUCGGUCUUGUUGGUAUCUACGAUCCUCCCCGUGCCGAAACUCGUGCUGCCGUCGAGGCUUGCAAGCGUGCCGGUAUUGUUGUCCACAUGCUUACCGGUGACCACCCUGCCACUGCGCACGCCAUCGCCCGCGAGGUCGCAAUUGUCGAUGGCACAGAGCCUGCUUCGGCUGUCAUGACUGCUGCUCAAUUCGACGGCUUGACUGAGGAUGAGAUUGAUGCUCUCGAGGACUUGCCCCUUGUUGUUGCCCGUUGCUCGCCUGCUACCAAGGUGCGCAUGAUCGCCGCUGGUAAGCGUCGUGGUCGCUACCUUGCCAUGACAGGUGACGGUAUCAACGAUGCUCCCUCGCUCAAACAGGCGCCUGUCGGUAUCGGUAUGGGUACUGGUACGGAUGUUGCCAAGGACAGUUCUGAUCUUGUGCUUACUGACGACCGAUUCGACUCGAUCGUCAAGGGUAUCCGCGAGGGUCGAGCGAUCUUUGACAACAUCCGGCGUUUCUUGAUCGGUCUUCUGGUCGCCAACGUCGCCGAGGUGCUCUUGCUCCUCUGUGGUCUCGGUGUGCGUGAUGCGGAUGAGGAGUCGGUCUUCCCUUUGGCACCCGUCGGUAUUCUUUGGGUCAACAUGGUCACUGCUUCGCUUCCGGCCAUCGGUCUGGGUCUCGAGCCCGGUGAAAGCGAUAUCAUGGAGCGUCCUCCUCACGACCUUCGUGCAGGCGUGUUGAGUCGAUCGGUUAUCGUCGACACGCUCGUCUAUGGCACUUGGAUGGGUAUCACCUGUCUGGUCGCCUUCUUACUCAUGAUCUACCCGAUUGGUGGUGGCAACAUUGCCCUGGACUGCAACCACUCUUCUGCUGCAUCGUGUGAGCCUAUCUUUCAGGCUCGUUCGGCUGUCUUCACCACGUUGACGCUCCAGCUUCUCUUGAUCUGCUGGGAGCUGAUUAGUAUGGAGAAGUCGUUCUUCAGCAUGUCGCCUGCCAAGCAUCUUUGGAAGAACCCGAUGCUGCUCUGGUCUGUUGUCAUUGGCAUUGCUACUAUCCCCAUCGCGCUGUAUAUUCCCAAGUUCAACACGGACGUUUUCCGUCAUGCACCCAUGGGUGGCGCUGGGUGGGGUACCUCGAUUGCCAUGACAGUCACUUUCAUUGCUGGGGUCGAGCUCUGGAAAGCUUUCGCCCGUCGUGGACGCUGGCCCUGGCUUGCCAGGAUCUCUGGUGGCCACCGAGGUCUUGAACGCCGCCAGGCCAAGAAACGACUCAGCGACAAGUCUGUCGCUACCGCCUAA